UUCAGGAGUGGAGUUGUACCCACAGCAUUAGCAUUAUAACAAUAGAUUCAUUGCACUUUCUACAAAUCUCCUUGCAACUAGUGCCUAAACCCUAAUUCUACCUUGUUUGAUGGAGAGAGUGGGGCGUCCGAUAGCCGGCAUGGGCAACCUGCGGACUACUCUUGGCAAUCGGCUCAUGGGAAGUUGGUGGACCACCACAUUCAGACAGGAUAUGCUUCAUGCUCAACUAUUCUGCAUCAACUUUGUCAUUUUCUUCUCUGCUGCACUGCUGUCACCCUAUGGAAUGACUGAUGUCCUGCGCCAAUCUCACCCAUAUAUGUUUGGUCUCUACAUAUCUGCGGAGGUUCUGGCUUUGCUCUUCUCGGUGUCUGCACUCGUAAUAUUUGUCACCCUUCCCUGCUUCUCUAUUACUCGCGUUCCAUACGUUGUAGCUCUGCUUGCUGUGUUAGCUCUGGGAUCAUAUGCUGUCCUCCUCUUCUCCUACGGAUGGUUUCUCUUCUCGGCACACCUUGGCUUGCCCCUGCUGGCUUAUGUUGGAGGCACCGCUUCCUCUAUUUUGCUGCUGUCUUUCUGUUUCCAGCUCCCCGUACGUGGUUUCAUCUACUGGCUGAACAGAGAGCGUUCUGGCAUGGAUCCGACGGCGCUGGAGGUGUUGAUAUCUAAACCUGCGAGCACAGGCUCCGUCGUCACCGUAGUUUUGUAUUGCCUGAGCCUUGGGCUGCAGUCUGUUGGUAGUUUUGCUGGCCUUCGCAAUAUGAUGUCGCCCCAUGUUAUCAUCAUCCUCACCAUCAUAUGGCUGCAGUGCGGUGUCCCGAGUUUGACCCACCCCCACCCGCCACAGUUCGAGACCGUUGCAGCCCCUACUCAGAUGUCGGAGCCAUAGCGAGAGUCCUUGCUGCGUGAGUGAUGGCUGUGAAGAAUAAUUUCUGUUAGAGUUCUAUGUUUGUGUAUUCCUGAACUUAUGGAGAUGUUGUAAACAUUUGCUUUCCUUUCUGUUGCACUCUCAAUGUGGUAAGUUCAUAUGACUGCGUUAAGUCACUGUUUUAACUGGUGUUUUGCUUACAAUUAUAA